UGCAGAACGUUCAGGCUUUAUACUCUCUGAUUAGUUGUGAUUGUCCUCGAAACAUAACAACCUCAGGUACAGUACUGCUGGCGUUUCGGAGGGCAUAGCGGCCAUGGGGCCGCCCGUAUUCCAGCCAGUAAAUGUAAGGUACCGAGACUACAGACAGAUGCAAUAAGUUAGGGAGGUAAAGUAGACAACUCCAUGGUGGCAGUUCGACCCUGAGUCCCCCAUUCUUACUGCUGUCAUUAUUGUGUCUCAAUUGCGUCUGGUUUGAACGCUAAAUAUACUCUCAUUUAAUCUCUUCCUAUCUCUUUUUAUCCCACGUCAACCACCACAUUCCUUCACCAUGACGCGCGCCCAGCAAACACUCUCGAUUCUUCUCCUUGUGUCUUCUCUCUACCUCGUCCUAUACCUGGGGCUUGUGCCCCUGAACGAAACUGUCCAAAAUGAAGUUAUCCCGGUUCUUCCCUUCUACGGCCUAAUAUGUUUCGCCUGCUACCUGGGUGGUCGACUCGGUAUGGCCAUCCUGACUUUCAACGACUGUCCCGAGGCACACCGGGAGUUGCAGAAGGAGAUUGAGCAGGCGAGGGCCGACCUGCGCAGCAAGAACGUCGAUGUUGACUAAGAUGUAGUCCUUUUGUGGUUGCUCGGCGUUUGCUUUUGGAAUCAGCAAUCUGUUGGAUAUGUGCUUUCAUCAGCUCAAGCUCUGCCUGUUCGGCUCGCUUCAAUUAAAGUGAAAUGAUAACUCAAAUACGCUCUCGCGCAAAGCUCGACUCCCAAAUGACGGAAUUCCGUUAGAUCCUUGGAGAGACAGAAGUGGUAAGAGUCUAUCACCCGGUCUCGGUGAUCUAUGAUAUUUGGUAGGAUUAGACUGUGCCAGGUCGAUCCAUACUACGGGUCAAGCAUAACAUUGACCGAUUUAUGCCCAACCGUUGAACAAGAAUGCCUACCGAUGCCUAUGAGAGUUCCAGAUUUCCUGAACCUAGAAUG